GUGGUGUAUUUCACAGCUACAUUUCCUUAUGUGAUGCUGCUGGUGUUGCUAAUUCGUGGGUUGACUCUUCCUGGAGCUCUGCAGGGGAUUGUGUUUUACCUGUACCCUGAACCGGCCCGUCUCUUUGACCCGCAGGUUUGGAUGGAAGCAGGAGCUCAGAUCUUUUUCUCCUAUGCUUUGGGUACAGCCUCUCUUACUGUAUUAGGCAGCUACAAUAAAUAUAACAACAACUGCUACAGAGACAGCUUAUGGCUUUGCCUUCUGAACAGUGGUACCAGUGUGGUAGCAGGUUUUGCUGUGUUCUCAGUCUUGGGCUUCAUGGCUCAAAAACAGGGUGUUCCCAUUGACGAGGUGGCAGAAUCAGGUCCAGGAUUAGCGUUCAUAGCUUAUCCACAGGCAGUAGCUAUGAUGCCUUGUCCACAACUGUGGGCUGCUUGUUUCUUCAUUAUGAUUAUUUUGCUAGGGCUAGAUACACAGUUUGUUGCGAUGGAAGUUUUCAUGACAUCAGUGAUGGAUCUGUACCCCAUGGUGCUGCGCAAAGCUCAACGUCGAGAAAUAUUCCUCCUGCUUUUCUGUCUUUUUUGCUUCUUCAGCCAACUUGUCAUG